AUGUUGAGCCGGUGCCUCCGCCGAUCCAUAGAAGGCCAAACAAAGCUACAAGGCAUCUACCUCACGUGCCGAAGAUCAAGCCGAUUGCGGCGUGGAAGGCGCCUACUCCUUUGGAGGUAUGCAGCGGUGAAGGGGGGAGUACUCACUACGAUCCCACGCCCGGAAGCCAGUUUGAUCCGCGGUCGAGUUUCCAAUACAAUCUCCGCCCCAGCUUCCAGUAUGAACAACGGCCAAGUACAUUUCAUGAUGGCACAUCCUCAGCUACUUGGGCCGAGGGUUCAUACUCAAAUCCCCACCAAGACUUCUCACCUCUGCAGCGACCACAACAACAAUGGCAACAACAAUGGCAAUCUAGUCCCCACCAAGACUUCUCACCUUGGAAUCGACCACAACAACAAUGGCAACAACAAUGGCAUUCCACUCCCCACCGUAUGA